AUGGCCGACGACGCUGCGCUGGCUGUCGAAGAGACACCUUCUGUCCAAAAGCCUGUUUCUCGAUUCACGAGGUGGUACAGAAGCCCCUUGUUCAAUGUCAUUAUCGCUGGACUCAUCUCGUUCACUCAGCCGGGUAUUUGGAAUGCGCUCAACAGUACUGGUGCAGGCGGCCAGCAAGAGCCGUACCUCGUCAAUGGCGCCAAUUCGUUGACCUUUGGUAUUAUGGCCUUUGGCUGUGCCAUCUUCGCGCUGCUGGCGAACAAGUUUGGCGUUAAGAACAUCCUCAUCCUCGGAACUCUGGGCUAUGCCCCUUAUUCAGCAGCCUUGUAUGUCAACAACCGGUACGGAGUCGAAUGGUUCGUCCUGCUCGGAGGCGCCACCUGUGGUCUCGGCGCGUCUGCUUUGUGGGCAUCUGAAGGUGCCAUCGCACUGGGCUAUGGAUCUGUGAAGGAUCGUGGCAAGUUCACCGGCAUCUGGCUCGGUCUGCGAGAACUUGGCCAGUUGAUCGGGGCCUCAAUCCAGCUCGCUCUCAACGCCAACGAUGGCAAGCGGGGCAAGGUUUCGUACACGACAUAUCUCAUUCUCAUUUCUCUGCAGUGCCUCGGCCUACCCCUAGCCUUCCUCAUUUCGCCCCCUUCCAAGGUGAUCCGACCCGACGGGAGCAAGGUCGAGGAUCCGACCAAGAAGAAGGCCAUCCUGGGAGAAGUGACGAAGAUGUGGAAGCUUCUCAAGAGGAAGCAAAUGUACCUCCUGAUCCCCGUCCUGAUAGGCUUCAACUGGAACACGACGUACCUGGGCAUCUACCAGACGAGGUACUUCUCGGUUCGAGCUCGUACCCUGGCGUCCCUGACUUCAGGCAUCGCGGCCACCGCGGCAAACAUCUUCUGGGGCUGGUUCUACGAUCUCAAAAUCUGGAGCCGGCCUCAACUCGCCAAGAUCACCUGGGGGCUCUUUUCAGUCAUCAUGGCGUCCGUCUUCGCGUGGCAGGUGACCAACGAGUAUAAGUAUGCCAACUCUACCCCGGCGGUCACCCUCGACUGGGAUCUGCCCGGCUUUGGACGCGGAUUCGCGAGCAUGGUGAUCAUGCGCUUCAUGAACGAGUCGCACUACGUGUUCGUCUACUGGAUCAUCGGCGCCUUCUUCGACGACCUCGAGACCCUGACCCUGGCUGUGGGGAUUGUCCGCUCCUUUGAGUCCGUCGGCUCCUGUCUGGCCUUUGGCAUCGGUGCAGCCAAGGUCGCGCCCAUGGUGAACCUCGUCAUCGCGUUCGCCAUGUUUGGCAUCACAGUGCCAGCGACGACGUUUGCGGUGCUGCUCGUGCCAGAACGUCCAGAGCACAACAAAAUACCAGGUAAUUUUUCUGUCUGUCACGUCUCACAGAGCCGCGAGGGAGGAGCACAUGACCCGACUCGAGGCGACUGCGAUGGGCAAAAAGGGUCCGGUGUAAACAGUGGGUGGGCGGCAGUCGCUGCACCUGGGCCUUGA